GCUGGGCAGUGCGGAGAGCCGGCCCGGAGCCCCCGGCCCCGCGCCAGCCACCCGAAUCACCCGCCUCCUCCACCCCUGCUCGGUACCGAGAGCAGCCGGGAUGAGCGGGGGUCACACCGUGCGGGGCUGCAGCGCGGGGAAUGCGGCCGAGACCCCCGGGGUGGGCUCCAGGCUCCGGGUGUGGGGGGCCCUGGUGGGCGGAAAAGUGCUGCUGACAACGGAGCAUCCCGCACGGCUCGGCCCCGGUGUGUCCGGGACGGCCCAGGGCGGCCCCGCCGGCUCCCCGAGCCCACCUGCCCCCGGUUCCGCAGCCGCGGCCCCCCGCGCCCCCCGCCCCGCACAGCCCGGGAUAGGUUGAAGGCUGCCGGCACCUAGCGGCUACUCGGGAAAAGCGGGAGCGGGCGGAAGCUCCGGCUGCCUCCUGGGACCUCGACCCCGUCAGUCCCCGCAGCACCGGGCGAGGGCGGGAGCCCGGAGACGGCGGGGAGCAACCCCUGUGCCCGCGGGACAGUCCCCGAUCAUCACCCGGGGUCAGCGACCCCCGAGCUGUGCCCUGGGGCAUCGCAGGCAUCGCAAACAUCUGGUUUGGGGCAACUGGAGGGACCUGUCUGGAUUGGUGAGGGGGUGGUGGGCAUCACAGCGGGGUCUUGGGCACAGCACGGGUGUCUUGGGAACGGCAGGGGGGCCCUGGUGUGGGGGUCAGUGCAGCGGGUGGGACAAGAGGAGCAGCGCCCGUCAUGCAGGGCCUGGGCUGAGAACCCCGAAUUCAUCUCAUAGGUGAGUACAUCCAGUGCUCAAACGGGCAUUUUGAGGCUUGAGUGACAGCACUGGUGGCAUUGCCACCAGGGCUCUCAAGACCAUCUUCUCUCUCCCAUGCAGGUGAGUUUGGCAUCAGCAAGUGAAGGCAAGACAGUGGGAAAAGAGGGUCUAUGCCCCCCACACCCCCCAGGCCCCACAAGGUCCCAUCGCACAUCACUGUUCUGAGCCCCUGCCCUGCCUGGCACUGCUGCACAGUGGCCGUGACUCGGGGCAGAGGCACCAGCCUUGACUCAGUGUCCCAGCAGAGACCAAACCCAAACAGGUGCCCAGUCCCGCUCAGGCUGUGGCACCUUAUCAGGCCUUGGCAGCACUGAGUGCCCGCCAGGAGACUGUUGUGUCUGCGGGCAGAGGCAGCGCCAGUGGGGCACGCAGGGGAGGACAGUGUUCCCUCACCUCUGCCCAGGCACUGCUCCCCCAGCUCCCUGUCCCAGCACCAUCCUGUACAACAGAGUGGGGCUGGGCUGGUGCCCCCCAUAGUUGUGCUGCCCCCACCCCAACCACAGCUCUGAGGCCACGCAGGGGCUCAUGCUGGUGUUUGGUGCCCAGUGUAGCCCAGGCCCUUGCCUGGGACAGCCCCAUGCUCCCAGUCCUUGAUGGGGAGCUCUUUGGGAUUCCCGGGGCUGUGGGGGCCCACACUGGCUGCUGCUCCUCAGCCACACACCCCAGCAGGGUCUGGAGCUGCCGCAGCCCUGGGGGGACAUUGCAGGCUGGCAGGAGGCAGGAGCAGGAGGGGGCUGGGGGCCAGAGAGGGCUGUAACCCCCAUCUGAGUGUGGCUCUGAUGAAACCAGUGAGACCCCUGGCCCUUUGGACAUCCUUUGGGACACGGUGCAGGACUCCAAUACCUCCUGCCUCCAGACACCAGCAGCAGGACAGACCUCAGGGAGGACCUGCAGCCAAUGCCCUCUGUUCUCAGCCAGCCCCCUCCUCCACUGGAUUUACUCCCCAUUUCCAGGCAGCUUCUCCUCCCCAGCCCUCCCUUGCAUCCAUUCUGGCAUCUCCUCCUCACCCUGGCUCCCUUCCUGUGGUUCCCCCUCUCCCUGGGCUGGCAGGACAGCCGGUGACCGGGCUGCGUGGGUGCUCAGCACCCGCGGGUGCGGUCCGUGGGUGCGGGGCGGGCCGGGGGCGUGUCGGGGGCCGCCGAUAACAGCGGGCGCCGUGCCGGGGCCGCGGGACCAGACGGCGCAGGCGAGUGGGACGAGCCAAGGACCCCCAUCCUGGGCAGCCGGGCCCCGAGGCAGCGGAAUGGGGUCCAGCACCCCGCUGCGACUCCUCCGCACCCUCUGCAUCCUCUCGGCGCUGGCCAGGUGCCUGCAGCCUGCCACGGCCCAGUGGUUUUCCCUGGGCUCAGAGGACACCACCCCGGAUCCAGGCACCAGCCCCAUGCCCCCCAGCCCGGAUGGGGAGGAAGACACAGAUGCCAGCGUGGAGCCCGUGGGGAAGUUGCUGCUGAGCAAACCUCCUCUGCCAACAGCCCCUAAACGCCGGGACCAACUCUCCAGGGGGGCAGCGAAGGGGUCAGGCCGUGCCCCACCGCGCACACGAGGCCAGCACCGACCCACGGCCGCCCCGGAGAUCUUUGAGGGGAGCGCAGUGGAAGAGGAAUUCCUGCAGAUCCAGACGACGGCCAAGGGGCUGCCCCGGCGGGUCCCGGAGACGGACCCGACCCUCCAGCUGCACAACAUCUCCGGCUGUGUCUGCCCCGUGCGCCCCGGUCCUCCUGGCCCUCCCGGCCCAAAGGGAGAGAAAGGUGACCGAGGGUUCCCUGGAGAGAGAGGCCAGCCCGGAUUCUUAGGAGAGAGAGGGAAGUCCGGCAGCCCAGGACAGCCAGGUCACCAGGGUCCUCGGGGCCCUCCGGGUCCUCCGGGACCCCCGGGGCCCCCAGGACCCCCGGGCGCCUGGGGAGCCCGGGGCCCACCCGUGCCUGCUGCACUCCCUGAGAGAUCAGAGAACGAGCUGGGAGGCUCCAGCCCUGCAGGAAACCCAGGACCCCCAGGUCCCCCCGGGCUGCCUGGCAUGCCCGGACCCCCCGGCUACCCAGGCCACGAUGGCCCCCAGGGUGCUCCUGGGCGGGAGGGAAAGCCAGGACCCCCAGGCCCUCCAGGAGCAGUGGGGCCACCUGGUUUCCCUGGGGCUGAAGGACUUCCAGGGUCUCCAGGCUCAGCUGGACCAGAUGGACCCCCUGGGGCACCGGGACUCCCAGGGCCUCAGGGUCCCCCGGGCAUGCCUGGGCACGAAGGACCCCCUGGUCCCCCAGGAUCUGCAUCACUCCCUGGCAAACCAGGGCUCCGAGGGGAGCCAGGAUUCCCAGGACCAAAGGGUGAGAAGGGCGAGUAUGGGCUGCCAGGCAUGCCAGGGAGCCCUGGCCGGACCGGAGAGCCAGGGUCCCCGGGCAUGCCCGGUCCCAUGGGGCCACCAGGACCACCAGGGGACUCCAGGUGCGACUCACGCCACGCUGGACACCGUGGAUUGGCCGGGCUGCCGGGCCCCAAGGGAGAAAAGGGCGACCCUGGAGAGCCGGGGUGCUGCUAUGGGGAACACGGGUGCAAACCAGGGCACCUCCCCUUCCCCAGCACUGGCAGCCAGCCCGGCUCAUGGGGGGCCAUCAACAGGUACCAGACGGAUGGGAAAGAUGAACCAGAGAUUUAUGGAGCGAUCAUCCCUCAUGGUCUUCAAGGUCCCCCUGGGAACCCCGGUCCCCCUGGGCCCCCCGGCCCCCCUGGCCCACCAGGUCUCCUCUACCUCAACAGGAUGCACCCCGUGCAUGCCCAGCCGCCCUGCAAGCAGCCGGCACCUGCAGAUCGCAGCUGGCCAUCAGAUGCUGGUGCCCCUCAGACAGAGCCGCCGGACUCCCGCGCUGAUCUCCGGCGCCAGACGUGGGUUUUCAAGUCCAAGGAGCUGAUGGUGAAGGCCAGCAGUGCUGUGCCCGAGGGGAGCCUGGUCUAUGUGCGGGAAGGGAGCAACGCCUUCCUCCGGACCCCCUCUGGCUGGAGCCGCCUGCUGCUGGAGGAUCCCAAGUGGGUUUUGGCUGGUGAUGACCCUUCUGCCUCCACCCCACAGUACCAGGAGGUGAAGAGGGUGCAGCCAAGAGGUCCCAACACGCUGUCACUCUUGCAGUCUCCAACAGACUCACUGAUCCAGAAGGAGGAGGAAGAAGGGCUGCCCCAGAUUCUGCCAACCACCACGGCCCCACGGAUCCCAUCUCUCCGCCUGGCUGCCCUCAACGUGCCCCUGUGGGGUGACAUGAGCGGGAUCCGGGGCGCUGACCUGCAGUGCUACCGGCAGUCACAGGAGGCCGGGCUCUACGGCACCUUCCGGGCCUUCCUGUCAGCCCCCAGCCAGGACCUGCUGUCCAUCGUCAAGCGGACAGACAGGACCCUCCCCAUCGUCAACCUGAAGGGGCAGCUGCUGGCCAAGUCCUGGAGCUCCCUUUUUGGGGGUCAGUCUGGUGCUGUCCUGCAGGGUCCCAUCUACUCCUUCAACGGGCGCAACGUCCUGGCAGAUCCCCUCUGGCCCCACCGGCUAGCCUGGCACGGCUCCACGCCACGGGGCGGCCAUGCCCGCCGGUGGGACUGCCAGGGCUGGCGCAGCUCUGGCACGGCCGAGGGCAUGGCUGCUGCCCUGGGCGAGGGCCGGCUGCUGGCUGGCCAGCGCCACAACUGCUCCGCACCGCUGGCCGUGCUCUGCAUCGAGGUGGCUUUUCCUUACCGGCACAUGUGGUGACAACGGUGACACGCAAGCAGGAGCUCCAGGCAGUCCUCCAGGCCUGUGUGGCUGGGGAAUGUCCCUGGGAGCACCAUGGGAGCACUGAGGGGACACUGGGUCUGCAGCCAGGCUGUGCCAUGCCCAGCCCCGGCUGCACCAUCCCAUAGAUCCCUGUGCCAUGGGGCAAUGCUAGGCUGUGCCUGCAGCCUCCUACCCCCACUGGAGCCAACACGGUCACCGCCCAGAAAUAAAGACACAAAAAUGUUGGGUUUUAUGA